GGGCACCCAAAAAGAAAGAAAGAGAGAAAGUGAAAAAAUAAAAAGAAAAUAUGUAAUUAGCUCGGCUCACAUGGCCCCGUCCUAUAACUCCCAACUCCCACACCUUUGUCUUUCCCAUUCAUUUAUAGCUCUAUCACUUCUUGCUUGCUGUUCACAGCUUCGAUCGAACGCAUUUCUGAUCGUCUCUAGAAAAGGAAAGAAGUUUUGGGGAUAAUAUUUUAGGUUCUUGAGCUUCUAAUUGUUUCUUUGAAGGCCAGUACGUACUUGUAAAUUAAGGCAAUGGGUUCUAAAGCAUUAAUUUCCAAGAUGAAAUGUAGGAGAUCCUCGAGGCAGAGGCGGGCUGCUACUCGACGUUGGGCUGUGGAAAUGAAGAUGAAGAAGCUGCAGAGUCUGGUUCCGGGAGGGCAAUGUUUGAAGCCGGAUCGACUCUUUCUUCGUACUGCAGAUUAUAUCCUGCAUUUGAGGCUGCAAGUAAACCUGUUGCAAGCUCUUUCCAAGAUUUAUAAACCAUGAUCGAGUUUAUAUAUAUAUAUAUAUAUAUAAUCAUUGCUACUCUAUUAAUUAAGACAUAUAUUUAAGGUGUACUGAAAAUGCCAUGCCAUUAAUUAUCUUGAGUCGUAGUUUCUUUGUUUCUGCUUGUGUUGGGUUAUAUCACCUCAUGUCUAUGCUUUUCAGCAUUCAGAAACUCCCAAUUUCAAGGGAAUGUUAAUUGUAAGUUUCAUUUCUCUCUCUCUCUCUAGUCUCUCUCUCUCUCUCUCUCAUUAAUAUGGUUUUUGUUUUCUCA